AUGCUGCGGUCAAUACUGCGUACAGCGCGGCCGGCAGGGUCAUUGUCGAGGCUGGUGGUGGGCUCGCUCGUACCGCCUGCGUCAAGUCGACUGGUGGGAUUGCGGUUGGUAUCAUCCAGCGCAGUUUUCGGCGAGGAGGCGAGUUCAAGUUGCGCACCCGCCCCAACCGCAACCACAGCCGCAAGCGCAACGGCGGAUGGCUUUGUUCCACGCCGCACGUUCGCCUUGCCAUCGACGACGCCGUCGUGGUAUGCGGGGCACAUGGCGCGGGCCAUCCGGUCCAUGCCCUACCUCCUGGCGCGCUAUCCUCCACCGCUCGUGAUCGAAGCGCGCGAUGCACGUUUGCCGCUCACCUCGAUCAACCCGGUAUUCGAGCAGCUUCUGCGACGCGCACCCACGGCCAACGAAGGACUCGAUACCGAAGGCGGUGCCUCGACCUGGCGUACCCGCCGGCUCAUCGUCUACCUCAAGCGCGACCUCAUCCAUCCCUCGGUCGAAGCGAGCAUCACAGAGGCACUGCGCCAACAGGAUCCCCUCCAGCACGUCAUCUUUGUCGACUCCCGAGUGGACGCCGACGUGAAGAAGGUCUUGCACUGGGUCGAGCGUCAGGCGCGAAGGAUCGAUCGAGACCAAGACGCGGGUGCGCCGGCGCAGGUGUCGGAAAAGGCAGCCCGACGCGCAAAGAAGGGCCUCAGCGGCGCCUUUCGCCACACGCCCACGCCGGAAGAGGGCGUGAGACUGUUGAUCCUCGGCAUGCCCAAUGUGGGCAAGAGCAGUCUGCUGAAUGCGCUGCGCAGGGUGGGCACGGGAAAGGGAAAGGCGGCCAGCACUGCCCCGCAUCCGGGCCAUACGCGCAAGCUCACGGGUACCGUGAGGAUCAGCAAGGCCGGCCCCACCAAGCAGCCGCCCGAACCUCCUGCGCCGUCUCGACGCGGCGCUAAUCGUGCCCGUGUCGACCAAGAUCAAGAUACAGCGGACACGGCAGGGGAGGGCGCGUUCAUGCUUUCCACGCAAGAAGCCAGCCCGGCUGACGAGGGCGAAAAGAAGCGGGGUGUACCGAUCUACGUGUACGACACACCGGGUGUGAUGGUACCCUUCCUCGGCCAUGGAUCCGCCGGUGCCGAACGCGGCAUCAAGCUCGCCAUUACCGCAGGCAUCAAGGACUCGCUGUUCGACGUGCAGCUCCUCGCCGACUACCUGCUGUACCGUGUGAACUUGCGACCUUCUCCGCCGGAUAGCUUGCCAACGUAUGUGCAGAAUCUGCCGCUGUCGAUGAGCGAGUACCUUGCGACGUGCGAGGAUGCGCGGGGCAGGACCAAUUCGAUCUCCGAGCUGCUGUGGCAUGUGGCGGGCAAAGCGCCCGGCUCGCUUCGCAAGGGUAACGUACGCGAUCUGGAUGCAGCAGCUCAGUUCAUGCUGCAGCAUUGGAGGACUGGAAAGCUCGAUGCGAAUACCGAGCUGGACCUCAACACUGUCGAUCACGAAACCAUCCGGCAGCGGGUGCAAAGCUUCUUCGAAACCGGUCUGCUCGCCGACUCGGGCGUCGUGACUGAUAAGACGCUCGAUCCGAUUCCCAAUGCAAGCGACUCGGCAGAGGCGAGGGGCGAGAGCAAGAACCAGGAACGCAAACGCGUCAAGAAGGCCGAAGUGCUGCAGCGCAAACACAAGCUCAUGGCCAAAGGUAUUGCGGUGGGUGCCAAAGCCAAGCACAAGCGAAAGUUCAAGUGA